UAGGAAUAUACCAUUUCUUUGCUUCUUUGGUCAUUUCAAAGAAAAAAUACAAUUUUUAUUAUCACAACAGAAAAAAAAUAACAUGUGCUUGUGCGUUCGCGAACGAAUACCUAAAUAAUUAGAAACAGAAAAAAAAUAAUAAAAAUGGGUUUUUUGAAAAGAUGUUAAUUUUGUUCCUUUUUCCGUAUUCGAAUUGUAUAAAAAGCCGGAUGAAAAUAUAUUUAAAUUCUAGUUGAAUUUCAUAUUUACGAGUGGCAAUAUAUCUAUAGUACCUUCCAUACCAAUACCCAUAGAGACACAAAGAGUGGUUUUUGUUCUUUGGAUAUCUUUUUCCUAUUGAGCUAUAAUACCACUUAAAUUUGUUUAAAUUUUUUUUGGAAAUUUUAUUUUCUUAAUUUGUUUUAAAUAAAAGGAUGCAAAAGAUGAUUAUCUCACAAAGGAGGACUAAUUGGCCCAAGACAGCAAAUUUGCUGCAGGUGCCACCCAGAAACUUCAAAAGCAACAAAAUUCUUCCGCCCUCCGAAUUGCAUCGUUCCGCCAAGAAAUUUUCUAUCCGUAAACAAUUCAUUACUUCGGCGGCGGCUAAUGAGUCCAUUAGCGAGCAAGAAAUUUCAUUACUUUUGCACCAUGAAAGCCGUUUGUCACUCGCUUAUGGGGCUUUGGAAGAGAUUCCUUGUCUUAUUCUAAAAUACAUGGCUGAUAAAAUUAAAAUCCUCGAUUUGAGCCAUAACCGUUUUCGAAACCUCUCAUUUCUUCAAAGUUUCUCAAAUCUUCAAACUCUUAUUUUGGACAAGAAUUCAUAUUUAGAUUGCCAGUCCCUGCCCUCGAUGAAAAGCCUAGAAAUUCUUUGGCUUAACAAUUGCAAUCUUAUAAAUGUCUCAGAUUGGUUGACAACACUGCAGGUCCAGUGUCCCGCUCUGAAACAACUUUCAAUGAUGUGCAAUCCAGUAGGCUGGACCGUACUUAACGGUGUUAGUGAGCACGAUGAGCGAGAAUAUCUAACACAAAUACUAAAAAUUUUACCAAAUUUGGAAUAUUUUGACGGUAUCCGAAUAAACGAUGAACACAGACAAUUAGCCAUUGGACGUAAAAAGCUUUCUUUUGCCCUUCUCGAAGAGAUUUUUCACAAAAAAUUAAUGGUUUUUAUAAAUUUUUCUACGAAAUUGCAUAAAAAUUAUAUGUCAAUGGACAAAUUAAAUGCACAUUUUGUUAAAAAUAAGAGUCUUAUUGAUAAAAAACAAAAAUUUUAAGAAUUUAUAAAAAAAUAGAUUUAUUUUAUUUAAAAUUAAGAUUUAAUGUAAUAAAAAAACACACGUGUCUAUCGAUAUUUUAAUUUAUGAAAUGUUAAAUGAAUACGAACUAGAAUAAAACAUUAAUAACUAUGCAAUUA